AAAGCUCAGUGUACAACCUGGAAGAAAAUGGUUCCGCUUCAGAUUCUUCCAGGACACAUAAAGGAAUGCAAAAAACAACUUGUAGAUUUGUGCGAUUCUGCUGAAGAAGAAAGCUGCAAGGAAGAAGAUGAAGAUGAAUGCUCAGCUGCCCUUUGCUAUGAGAAAAGCAAGACAGCUGAGUGUCCUGUGUGCGGAAAUGCAUUUCAUCCUGAAAUCAUUGAGUUCCAUGCAGCCAGUUGCGGAUUACGAACUUCAGAUGAUGAUGGCCAUGAGUCAAGUGAUCCAAUCAGUACCUUUCAAAGUUCUGAGGAUAUCUUGAAUUGGAUCGGUUCUCAAGUUGAUGAGACAAACACAUUUUCCAUCUGUGUGUCGCGAACUGAUCUCUACAACAGAGGCAUGCAACAGUGGCAACGGCAGAAGAAGACCUCACCCAAAUGUAGACUUAAGGUCACAUUCUUUGCCGAGGCAGGCAUUGAUACUGGUGCCCUUACCAAAGAAUUCCUCACAGAAAUGCUGGUAGAAAUAGAAAAAAGACACUUUGUUGAAGGUCCAGAUAAGAAAGGGAAGAAUCCCGUUUACUGCCUUAACAGUUUGGACUGUAAUUACUUCAGGACUGCAGGAGAAGUCAUGGCAGCUAGUCUGGCACAAGGCGGACCUUGCCCUAACUUCCUGCGUGAAUGGUGCUUCAGUUAUCUCUGCUCUGGUGACUCUGACAGCAUUCAAGUGUCUGCCAGUGAUGUCACAGAUUUGGAACUGUCACAGCUAAUUGUAAAGAUAAACACCGCCAAUGAUGACAACAUCAGCGACCUGAUUGGUGACAUUGUGACCUGCGGAUACACUGGAAUCGUGUCUGUGGAUAAAAGGGACAGCAUAAUAAGGUAUAUUAACAUUUUUGGUUUUCAUUAUGGCAAGGGAGUAUUGUACAACAAUUUGUGACUUGAUUUGGAUUUUUUUCUUGCAAAGCUAUGUUGUGAAACCACUUUUAAAUGUCACCAAAUUAUAAUUUAACAAUUAUAUAUUUU